CAGCUGGUAUUCCAUCCUCGAGCUGUCGGCAAGCCGCUCAGACUAACCUCUCGCGCACUCCUGUCCACCUUCACAGACCGGUGCCUCUGUCUGUCCGGAUAACCAAAGCUCUUACCUUCUCCCUCUGCCGAGAACACAACCUGAAGAAACAUGGAAGCCAUCAAGAAGAAGAUGCAGAUGCUGAAGCUGGAUAAGGAGAAUGCGAUAGACCGGGCAGAGCAGGCUGAGGGGGACAAAAAGGGAGCAGAGGACAAAUGCAAACAGCUAGAGGAGGAGCUGCUGGGCCUGCAGAAGAAGCUGAAAGGAGUGGAGGAUGAGCUGGACAAAUACUCAGAGUCGCUGAAGGAUGCCCAGGAGAAGCUGGAACAGGCAGAGAAAAAGGCAGCAGAUGCUGAGGCAGAAGUGGCGUCUCUAAACAGGCGUAUCCAGCUGGUGGAGGAGGAGUUGGACCGAGCUCAGGAGAGACUGGCCACCGCUCUGCAGAAGCUGGAAGAGGCUGAGAAAGCAGCAGAUGAGAGCGAGAGAGGAAUGAAGGUUAUAGAGAACAGAGCAACAAAAGACGAGGAGAAAAUGGAGAUCCAGGAGAUGCAGCUGAAGGAGGCCAAACACAUUGCUGAGGAGGCCGACCGCAAAUAUGAAGAGGUUGCACGUAAACUGGUGAUCCUGGAGGGUGAUCUGGAGCGCUCAGAGGAGCGUGCUGAGGUGGCUGAGGCGCGAGUGAGGGAGCUAGAGGAGGAGCUCAGGCUAAUGGACCAGAAUUUGAAGUCCAUGGUGUGCGGAGAGGAAGAGUACUCACAAAAGGAGGACAAAUACGAGGAAGAAAUUAAAGUUCUUACUGAUAAACUGAAAGAGGCUGAGACCCGUGCAGAGUUUGCAGAGAGGUCUGUGGCCAAGCUGGAGAAAACCAUUGAUGAUUUGGAAGAGAAACUGGCCCAAGCCAAAGAAGAGAACUUGGACAUGCACCAGGUGUUGGACCAAACCCUUUUGGAGCUCAACAAUCUAUAGAGACCUCUUCAGAGCUACAUGAAGAACAACGGAUAGAGCAAGACAAAAAAAAAGGUUUAAUCUCCCGCCGAAACUCCCAGCAUAAACCCUUACAAAUGGAAUCUUAAUGUAGUAUCAACAGUUGUAAAUGUGAGGAUUGGUUCAGAUGUAAAUCUAUAGUGCCCCUGAAAUGACAUGAGCAAGAACUCGUUUCAGAUUCAUAACAAAAGUAAUUUUGUGUGCACUAGAAACUUUGUAGUUCAUCAGAAAUGAUCCUGUCGUCAAUAAAAAGUUUCUUGCAUGCACAUGUAACUAUCCUGUAUGCACCAGAAAGCAGAGAUGGGGGCUUGAGACAUUGUGACAGUGACUUGAGUCAACUCAAGUCACUGUUUUGAUGGUUUGCAACUUGACUUGACAGAAUAUAAAUGACUUGAGACUCGACUUGAACGUUGAAUAGUUGUGACUUGACUUGAGACAUGAUGACUCAGAUGACUUUUUAGCUUUCAUUUUAUGUUUUCAGUUUAAAUAUUAAAUAUAAAAAAAUGUUUAAUGAUCUGGGACUCAAUUGAGACUUGGACCAAAUGACCUCAGACUCGAUUGAGACCUCGACCAGAUCACGUGAGUCACACUCCUAUCAAUUUUUCAAUUCAAUUCAAUUCAAUUUUAUUUGUAUAGCGCCAAUUCAUAACAGACGUUAUCUCAGGACACUUUUCAAAUAGAGCAGGUCUAGACCAAACUCCUUAUAACAUUUACAGAGACCCAACAGUACCACCAUGAGCAAGCACUUGGCGACAGUUUAUCAAGAGUAAUUGUUCUACAAGAAAGGUUUCUCUUGUUUGACCAAACAUGAUGAAGCUUUUCACAUUGCAUAUAUUCUUAAAUGUAACAGAGCCCAUGCACUAUGUAUCUUUUUAAAACUAAUGAUAUACUGAAACUCAUGCAAGAUAGUUGCUACUUGCACACAAGAAACCUUUCUCCUUCACACAGCAUAGUUUCUAGUAUGCACUGUUUUUUUUCCUUGGUUGAUAGUGUGAUACAUGAAUUUCCAAGAUGUGUUCCAAGAAGACUGUCCUCCGAAGAAAAACAAUAACAUUAGUUGUUCAAAUGGCUCUAUGUUAAAGUCUCACUGAAAUGGACUGUGUGAAUGAAUGUGGGGAGGAAAUGAUGUCUGUUUCAGAUCAAAACACUCAUUUUAGAAAGCAAACAUUUUGUCUUUUAAUUUGAGGGACUUCAAAAUGUCUGUUUACUUUCUAGGGUAACAUUCAAGUUUUUGUAGUAAAAUUAACCAUUUAUUGGCUACAUUAUUAUUAGUGUUAUUUUUAGGUUAUAAAAUUAUGACACCUCAUUAUUUUGAGUUACAUUUUAGAAAGAUGAAUGAUUUGAACAAUUUGACAAACUAGCAGACAAGAGUGUGGCUGAUAUUUGAUGUUACAGAUUUAAUUGAAGUGCUGGGAGCUGUAAUACUGACCUUAAUUCUGAAUAAAGGUUUUAUAUAUUGUAAACAAAAAUGCUUUCUUCAAAUAAUAUAGUUCCAAGAUGUCUUCAAUGAAGUUACUUUUUACAAUGAGGUUUUUAAAAAAGUCAUAGUUGAUUAAAACAUGCAUACAACAUC